AUGAAGGUUUUAAUUCCUUCUUCUUCUCCUUCUUCUUCUCCUCCUCCUGCAGACUUCGACAAGAGGGUCAACGACAACAAGACCGCUGCUGAGGACGCCAUGAAGAAGAUCCCCGCCAUCAAUGCCACCAUCAUGGCCGCUAACGAGAAGACCAGGCAGGCGGAGUCGGCGCUCGGCAACGCUGCCGCCGACGCACGAGAGGCCAAGAACAAGGCGGAGGAGGCUGAGAGGAUCGCCAGCAACGUGCAGAAGGGCUCCGCCAAGACCAAGGAGGACGCAGAGAAGGCGUUCCAGGACACAACCAAGCUGGACGCCGACGUCGACGACAUGAUGGAUAAACUGAGCGCCGCCGAACAGGAGCUCGCCAGGAAGAAGGCCGAGGCAGAUCAGGACAUGAUGAUGGCAGGAAUGGCGUCCAACAACGCCAAGGAGGCAGAGGACAACGCCCGAAAGGCGAAGGGCGCCGUGAAGACGGUCCUUAGCAACAUCAACGCCCUGCUGGGUCAGCUGGGAAACAUCGACAAGGUCGACCUGAGCAAACUUAACCAGAUUGAUGAGUUGCUGGAGAGGGCCAAGGGCAAGAUGGCCGACAGCGACCUGGACAGGAAGCUGACAGAACUUAACCAAGUGGCGCAGACCCAGGAGGCGAUGAUCACUGAUUACGAGCGGCAGAUCCGCGAGAUCCGCGCCGACAUCACCAACCUCAACGACAUCAAGAACACGUUACCUGACGGCUGCUUCAACACGCCGUCUCUGGAGAGGCCGUAACCCGCCCCACCGCCCCCCAGACUCCCGCCCCUUCACAGCUAACACGCCGGCGAUCACGCCGACUUUUACCAAAACAGUUUUUAAACGUCUUGUUUUCAGAUUCUUGUCUGUGAUUUUCUUUUACAAGAGCGAAACGAAUCUUUCAAACCACGUUCACGUUUUUAUCGAGAGAAGCAGCUGAUUCUGUUUUGUCUUUAGUUUUUUUAGUUUUUAUUCCUCGAGACGCAGGAACGUGAAGAAUGAACUCAGCUGAGCAGAGGUGAAGGAACCUCGGAGAAAAACCAGAACCACCAUCCCGACGUGACUGCACCACGAGAGGAAGUUCCACCAACGCAGGAACGAUGACGCGUGUUCCGGGCGUUCGCUCCAUGUUUUGUUUUUAUGUUUUUCAUCACAACAGCUUCGUCAGUUUGAGUUUCACAGAGUUCAGCUGAACGUUCUCACCACAGUGAAGGAAUCCUCAGACACACUCACUGUGUCUCCACCGGCAGCGGCUCGGCGUUGUUGUGUUAUUGUCGUUGUUGUGUUUUUGUCGUUGUUGUGUUGUUGUUGUCGUUCCCGCCCUGCUGGAGCACGUGACGCCUGAAGUCCCAACGAGUGAUGUUUCGAAGUAGGAGUGUUUUGUUCCCUCAACAUGUGAGGAAACGAGGUACAAAAUAAAAGAUUAUUGUCCGCACAAGACGCCCUCUAGUGGAAACACGACAGCUUCUGUCAUUGUGUGAGACGAUGUUUUUUUAUCCAGAUGCAUCAUGGGAGCGAGACGUUAAUUGUGAACACGUGCACUCGAUGACGAAGCGUCUUUCAGGGUUUCUGCGUCUCUCACCGCGGUCAAACACAUUUCACGUCCUGAUGUUUUAUUUUCACCGUCUGUCGCUGCUUUUCACUCAUUAACAACCUCCAGGCUUAAAUACAACACUAUGCAACUUUGUACAUUUUGCGUAGCGAGAAUUUUAUCUGAUACACUGGUGCUAAUAAUUAUUUCAAAUGUUAUAUUUUUGUGUGAAUGUUUUUUAUUAAGACGUAGAGUGAGACUUUAUUAUUUGUGUAAAUAAAUGAUGCUUCAAUGAUUCAGGCUGAUUGUUAAGAAAUAAAAGUCCAACAUGGAAACAGCCACAAUCGAUCACUGAAACCUCCCGGUGAAAUAUAUCGACUCUAUGAUAGCGAUGUCUGUGGUAUGUUAUUAUUAUCGUGUAUACAAGCGACGCUAACGUGUCAUUUGUCUGUUAUUGAUUUUGUUUUCACGCCUUCGUUCAACCUAACUGAACUUUUGUUUUUAACUUUGACCUUUUUACCAAUCAGGACGUGUUUUUGUAAAGUGGGCGUGGCCUGCCUCACGAGUCAUGCGAUAAGCUCGGUCACAUGCCGCUACAGUAGUUACCUGUUUUCAUUAGUAUUUUGUGCCUUAAUAUAAAGUUAGGUUAUAAUCACGGUUCCAGAGCAGAACGCCACUUUUUAUUUCACAGGAAAUGUCCUCAUCGUCACGCCGUCUCCUCGUGUCGGUACUGAAGCAGGUUUUUUUCUCAAUCAGGUCGAAUCCAUUGAAAAAAACAGCUUUUAGUUGAAACCUCUCUGCAGCAGCUUCUGCAGGUGAACACAUUAAAUGGUCGAUCGUCUCUUCAGUGAAAACGUUCGCUCAGCGUCAACAGUCAUCAGCUGACCUGCAGUUUUUUCAUUUCUCCCUCCAUCCAGACGGCGUCCGUCGGAUGUGCAGCACAAACAGACACGAUGUAUAAACAGUAUUUUAAGUUAUAAUGUACAAGUUAUUUGUGUUGUAACCUGUAGAUGGCGAUGCGUGUGCUGCACAGACUGCGGGCCGCCUCUAUGUCACGUCUGUUUCCUGUCAUGUGACGCCAUGUUUGCUGCGCUGUGACGACCUGAGUGACCCUGUUUGUCCCCAUGUGCCUGUAAAUCCAAACGUAACAUUUGAAUAAUAAAAGAUUACUACAGGAACCGA